AUGGCUUCUUCCAGCUUCAUCUUCGCGGGCCUCGUGGUCGUCGGGGAGGCCGACGCGUGGCGAAGUGGAGGCCAAGCAGCCACGGAGAAGGCCAAGAAGCCGAACAAGCGAGGAGGCAGGUCGGCGGACACGCGUCAGCACCGCGAGCUCCGAGGGACCGCCUUUAGGAAGCUCAAGGCGUGCGGCAGCAGAGCGCAGCUCACGCAGGAGGAGCGAGCAGCGACUAUCAAGAUGGAGCAGCAGCUGCAGCAACUGGUCGAUCAAGUUCAGAGGCUGACGACGGAGAGUCAGAACAUGAGACAGGAACUUCAGAACAGAGACGUGACGAUCGCAGAGAUGCGAGGUCAGCUUCAAGCUCAGCAACAGGCUCAGCAGCAGCGGGUAGCCCCGCGCGGCGAGAUGAUGGAUCCGAAGAUUCUUCACAAGGUGAAGCCGUUCGACGGCCACAGGGCGAGUUGGAAGACGUUCAGUUUCCAGUACAGAGCGUACCUGAUCGCCCAGGAUCGAAGGUACCGAGAUCUUCUGGAAAGGUGCGAGGACGGAGCCCAGGAGGUGGACAACGUCAACCUGGACGCGCAGGAGGAAGAGCUAAGCACGCAGUUGUACUACGGCCUGGUCCUGGCGAUGCCCGAGGACUCAGUAGGCGAGCUGAUCGUGAGGAACAGCCCAGUAGGAGAAGGAGCCGAGUGUUGGAGGAAACUUCAGAAGGAGUACAACCCGAGCGAGGCAGGAAACGUGCUGGCGAUGUGGACCAAGCUCACGGACACGAAGUUCGACGCCAAAGAAGACGUGAUGGUGAGCAUCAGCAAGCUGGACGAGGACAUGACAAGGUACCAGAAGAUGGCAGGAGAACCAGUCUCGGACCUGAUCAAGCGAGGCAUCCUUACAAAGGCGCUGAAGGAUCACGACGAGCUGCAGAAGCACGUGUUUCGGAACAGCAGUCGGCUAAGUACGUACGAGCUCCUGAGAGCCGAGGUGGUGUCGGCGUUGAUGGCAGAGCGAGCGGGAGCUCGAAAGGUUACGACAGGCAGGAGUGGGCACAGGAACAAGUUCGACAGCACCUACACAACAGAUGUUGGGAAGUCAAGGAAGCGCCGACAGCGCGAUGACUCAGCAGGUGCUGCGCCCAGUCAACUGCGCGCUGCAAGCGAAGAUGAUUCUGGCCCUGAGGGCAGAGGUCUCAAGAAGCGCAGCCACACGAUCGACUGGAAGUACUGCUUGCCUAGCUACCACCAAUAUGUCUGCUGCUCUUGCAAGAAGACCUUUGAAGGAUGGCGAUGGCACUUCGAUCAGUGGAAGCUGGACUACUGUGCCGCGUGUGCCGAGUACUGCCUGGACAACUGGCAUGUCACCGUCGCUGGUCUUCGGCCCGUGGAUGAAGAUCAGAGCCCUGCAGAUGACCGAUUGCGGUUAGCCCCGCUUCGGAAUGCGAUCAUGCUCGACUCAGGUGCGCAGAUCAGUGCGAUACCGAGAUCACAGGUGACCAAGCAUAACUACACGCCGACGGACAGCAACGUUGUCGGCUUGAAGGGCAUAGGAGGCGAGGAGAUCGAGAGGUACGGCCACGUGGAGCUGAACCUAUCCCGAGGAGGAGAGGUCACUGGAUCAUCAACGGUACCGUCGAGCCACCUGACGGAGCUGAGUUCGUACCUCUACGGCGUCACCAAGGAACCAGCUGAUGAGAACAAGAUCCCGAAGGUCAUGUUCGACAUCUUUUACGUAGGGACGGACCAGCUGGCUGCGAAGUACAAGCUUAAAGGAGGUUACUUCAGCAUCAGGGAGAAGAUGUCGGUCACGAAGGCCGAGCUAGACCAAGCGGUCUCUGUCUUGAAUGUUAUCGACUGUAAGAUCUUGGCUCAGGCGACGUUGUACGCGAACAAGGAGACGGAUGACUACAAGGUGUCCUUCCUGCUAGGCGUGCUGGAAGCUUGGGGCCACACAACAGUCAUACUUCAGACAGACCAGGAGCCUGCCACCAUGGCUCUGGCGCAGGCAGUUCGAGAUCGCAGAUCACACUCAACCUUGGUGCGGGGAUCACCGCCCUUUUCCAAGCAAAGUGCAGGCUACGCUGAAGGAGCUAACAAGCUAGCAGCUGGUCUACUUCGAGCCUACAAGCUGAAGCUGGAGCACAAGCUGGGCUGUGAGAUCAAGAUGACGGAUCCGAUCGUGCCAUGGCUUGUGAACUCAGUGGGGUGGAUGAUUACCAGAUUCCAGCCUCGCAGUCACGGAGGUUCCUCCUACAAGAUGCUCUACGGCAAAGAGUACAACGGCGAGAUUGCGGAGAUGGGUGAGCAGGUCUGGUAUCGGAUCUCAGCCAGAGUUGCCGCGGGACGUGGCAAAUGGGAAGCCCGCUUCGCAAAAGGAAUCUGGGUUGGUAAGAGUGAGCUGGACGAUACACAUCUCGUGAUCGAUCCUGAACGUGGAGUGCAGAAGGUCAGAACGGUGCGAAGGAUGCCUGAGGAGUUCAGAUGGCAGCCCGAGCUCAUCCAGCACAUCAGGGUGACGCCCUGGAAGCAGACGCCCGACAAGAGUUCAGGAACGAUCGGACGCAGCAUGUACAUCACGGAGCGCAUGAUCGAUGCUCAUGGUCCUACUGACGAGUGCAGGAAGUGCAGUACAGGAUACGGUUCGCAUUCGGCAGCCUGCCGACAGCGUUUCGAGACCAUUCAGGCCGACUUGCUGCGCGAGAAGUUGGCAAAGGACCCUGUGGCCCCUGAGGCUACAGUCGUGGUGCCAGCACCGGCUGCGGGUAGCCCCGCGCCUGGAGCGACUUUCGGCGAAGUGCCCCAGGUGAAGUUCGUGAAGGAGCUGAGGAGCCACUUCGGAGAUCCUGAGGAUCAGCAGGUGGAGCAGAUGGUUGAGGUGAGCGCCGAGCUGCAUGAGAAAGACCAGUGGAGCCCAAAGACGAUACACUACGAUUACUAUACUGGAGAGCCUCUGGAUGAGGACCUGUAUCAGAAGGGUCGCGACGACGAGCUGCAGGCCAUGAAAGACUACGGGGUCUACGUGGAAGUGGCGACAUCGACGGCGACUGACGGCAAGCACAUUGGAGGUUUCCCGAUAGCCCACAUGAAAGAAGGAAAGGUCAGGUGGAGGUUCGUAGCAACCGAGGUGAACAAGUACGAGGUCAGGGAGGACAACCACCAAGGCACGCCCCCGCUCAUGAUUGUCAGAGCGACGCUGAGCCGUGCCGCUUCAAGUCCAACUUCCAGCGGGCAGCACCUGCGGAAGAUACAAGUCUGGGACGUCAGGAAGGCUUUCUUCAACGCUGACUUAGACGAGACGAUCUACGUGCAUCCUGGGAGAGAGCUGUGUCCGCCUGGAAGGUGCUGGUGGUUACGCAAGGCCAUGAACGGUACCAGGAAGGCGUCGCAGAUGUGGGGUGAGCUUGUGAGAACUACUAUGGACGACGGCCAUUGGGAAUGCUUGGUUGGAACUCCUAACGUGUUCUACUUACCUGCUAGCCCCAACACAGCCCCCUUCGACGAGGAUAGCACAGCGAUCUGCCAUGGCGAUGACUUUCUUGCUGAAGGCUACGACGAGCAGCUGGACGAGCUGGACGAGUUGUUGAAGCAGCAGUUUGAGGUCACGGCCAGCGCCAGACUUGGACCAGGAGCGGUGGGGCAGACUACAUACCUCAAGAGGACGAUCGGCUACACCGACAAGUUGCCAGGUUGCGAGGAGCCAGGUUUCUUCUGGACUGCCGAUCCCAAGCAUGUGGACUUCAUGAUCAAGUGGACGCAGAAGCGAGGACUUCAGUGUAAGACUUACCUGAUCGAGACCCAGAGGCCCUGCAACCUGAAGAUCUAUAGUGACAGCACAGCUGGACGUGGCAUGUGCAGCCGAGUUGGGGUGGGCAAGGUCAGGCAUCUGGAGCUGAGGUACUUGUGGAUUCAGGAGCGGUUGCGUCUCAAGGCGUUCGAGCUUCACAAGGAGGACACCAGCAAGAUGACAGCCGACAUGCUCACGAAGUACAGCGAGUGGCCGACAAUCGAGAAGCAUUGCACCACUCUCAACCUCAGGUUCGGAAAGCAGAUGACGGGCUUGAGCGCAAUGGCAGUUUUCACGGAGGUCGUGACGAAGGCGUCAGGCGAGAAGGUGACAGUGUACGGAGGAUCUGACGAGGUUGCGGUUUGCCCCGCGCCUGUCAGCCACUAUGUGGAGAGCGAGGAGUUCAGGUUCUACUUGAUGUUGGGACUUGUUAUGGUGACUGCAGCGAGUACUUUCUUAUUGGGGUGCUGGUGUGGUUGCUACUUCAAGAACUUCUACGACAAGUUCUUCCUCCAGGGUGCGGUUAGCCCCGCCUCUGGAAGCACUUGCCCACCAUCUGCGCGGGCUGACGUCGAGUUCAAGACCGUGUGUGCACAGCAGGACAAAGGUGCAAGGCACAAGCUCUUAAACACGUUUCUUGUGGCUGAGCUGCGAGCUGUCUUGAAGGCCAAGAGCCUGGCCGUGUCAGGGAUCAAAGAAGACCUGGUCACGAGGAUGAUCAAGCACGGAGGUGUUCUGUCGGAUCGCCAGGCCAAGGAGAUCGAGCAGCUGCGGGUGAUGGCUACAGCGCAUGGACCUCUUGCCAAGCUUAGCUUGCAGGACAUCAGCAGUCCAGAGGCUGCGCAGAAGUGGAUCGAGACGUUCAAGGGCGAGUGCCGAGACCGUUCCAGAGGCUCUCAGGUGAUCCACGGAGAGGGCUAG